CCACUACGUUAGAAAAGGCGGAUCCGCCUGAGGUGAGGUGGGCGUCACGUUGUGUCCCUUGCCGCUGCGUUCUCGGGUUUGGUCAGGAAGAGGAUCGAGGUGGGCGCGAUGCCGGGCGUGCAGAGACGAGGCGGGGGAAGCUCCCUCGCUGGAUUCCGGCGAAGCGCCAGGGAUGGCGAGGCGAGCGCGGAGCGGGUGCCUCAGGGCCUAAUCCGAGCAGCCCGAAAGAGCGGCCAGUUAAACCUCUCUGGCCGGGAGCUGACUGAAGUACCUCUGCAUGUAUGGCGGAUAAAUUUGGAUACUCCAGAAGAAGCCAGCAAAAAUCUUUCUUUUGGUGCUGCUGAUCGGUGGUGGGAGCAAACUGAUCUCACCAAACUAAUCUUAUCUUCCAACAAACUUCGGUGUCUUUCUGAUGAUGUGAAACUCUUGCCUGCACUCACUGUGCUGGAUGUGCAUGAUAAUCAACUGAUAUCUCUUCCUGCUGCUAUAAGAUCACUGGAAAAUCUUCAGAAACUUAACGUGAGUCAUAAUAAACUGAAAGAAAUACCAGAGGAGCUUAUCCAGCUAAAGCACUUGAGAAGUCUGCUUUUACAGCACAAUGAAUUGUGUCAUUUGCCUGAUGAAUUUGGACAGCUUGCUGGUUUGGAAGAAUUGGAUAUUUCCAGCAACCACAUUUCUAGUAUCCCUACAAGUUUUGCUUCCCUUACAAACUUGGUUCGUCUUAAUUUGGCUUGUAAUCAGUUGAGGAUUCUACCAUCAGAAAUCAGUGCAAUGAAAAGUUUAAAACAGCUUGAUUGUACUAAAAACUACUUGGAAACUAUACCUCCUGAACUAGGCAACAUGGCUUCAUUAGAACAACUUUAUUUAAGGAGAAACAAAUUGUGCUACUUCCUAGACCUUCCUUCAUGUACAUCUUUAAAGGAAUUGCAUCUUGGUGAAAAUCAGAUUGAAGAAUUAAGACCUGAACACCUAAAGCACUUGAGUUCCUUGUGUGUAUUAGAACUUAGAGAUAAUAAGCUGAAAUGUUUGCCUGAUGAAAUUACUUUAUUACAGGGAUUAGAACGACUAGAUCUAUCCAACAAUGAUAUCAAUAGCCUUCCUUAUAAGGUAGGAAACCUUUCUCAGCUGAAGUUCCUGGCAUUGGAAGGAAAUCCUUUAAGAACAGUUCGAAGGGAUGUUCUACAAAAAGGGACACAAGAAAUUCUGAAAUAUCUUAGAAGUAAAAUACAAGAUGAUGAUGCCGUUAGUCCCAGUGGAGAAUUGCCUGCAAAUGCAAUGACUCUCCCAAGUCAGUCAAAGAUUAACAUGCAUGCUAUAACUGUAUUGAAAACAUUGGAAUAUAGUGGGAAACAGGCGGCUGUAAUUCCAGAUGAAGUACUGGAUGCAGCUGGGAGCAAUCCCAUCACCACUGUAAAUUUCAGCAAGAAUAAUCUAGUGGAGAUUCCAGUAAGAAUUGUGGAACUAAAAGAAUCAGUCUGUGAUAUUAAUUUUAGUUUCAAUAAGCUCUCUUCUAUUUCCUUGGAGCUCUGUGUGCUUCACAGACUGACACAUUUGGAUAUCAGAAAUAACAGCUUGAUGUCACUGCCUGAUGAAAUGGAAGCACUUCCAAAACUGCAAAUAAUAAAUCUUGCCUUUAACAGAUUCAAAAUAUUUCCAAAUGUCCUUUAUCACAUCCCAACACUUGAAGCAGUGUUCCUUGGCAAUAAUCAGGUUGGAUCCCUGGACCCUCUGCAACUAAAGAAGUUGGACAGGCUUGGCACCUUAGAUCUUCAAAAUAAUGAUCUCUUGCAAAUACCACCAGAACUUGGAAACUGUGUCAAUAUCAGGACACUUCUGCUGGAAGGCAAUCCUUUCCGGACUCCUCGAGCAGCAAUUCUUGCCAAGGGUACAGCUGCUGUGCUUGAAUAUCUAAGAAGCAGGAUUCCUACAUGAUUCAUUAUUACUGAUUUGAACUGAAAUGUGCUAGAUCUUACUCUCCCAAGGAUGAAGACAGUAGCCCUUAUGCUAGAGAGCUGUUUGAAUUAGCAUAACCCCUAAGUUCACAUGCCGGCAUUAUUCUUCAAGUCUGAUUUACUGAGGACUUUUAUCUUUUUUGCAACCAGUUCAACAAUCUAUUGCAUACUUGUAAAAUAUCCACAUUUAUGUUAUAUUUGUGGAUUUGUCCAGCAUGGAUUCAAGGAAGAAUGCUUCAUUACUCAAGGAGCUGCUGAUGGUUGUAUCCAUGAACACCCUGCUUCUCUCCCUGCCUCCAUGAAGAAAUAUGUCUAAUGUCAGCCAACAUAAUAUGCACUGAUCUGGAUUUGCUUUCCACACACUUGCUGCUCAAAAUGACUUUUUAUUAUUGUCUGAUUUUAAGAGCACCACAAUUUGUUCAAAGAAUAAAAAACUGUAUGUUUUAAUCUGCA